AUGCUCCCCAAGACGAUAUCUAGGCAAUGUGCACUAGACUUACCAGCAACUGAAGCAAAGCACAGUUGUUAUUCGCAGGCAGAAGAAACAUACUUCAAAUCGCCUAGAAAUAGAUUGAACCUACGACAUAAGUCGAUGCGUCGAGAACAUGCGCGACGGUUGUCAACAGGACUGUCACCGUCGUUGACUGAACUCUCUAUCGGUCCUGUGUUCGAAGAUUCCAAAACCAUGCUGUCGAUAAUAUCUUCGCUUCCUAGCUCGAUAAGAUCACUUGACUUAGACCUCCGAAGUCAACUUGAUGUAGUUGAAGCAGUGAUGCCGAUUCUUUGUUCUAUGAAACAUCUCACGUCCCUUACUCUUCGAUUCUUUGCGGACGGCGGAGCAUUAGAGCUAGCGAAAUGGAUACACUUGAAUCCAAAUCUGCAAAGUCUAGAUCUAAAAUGGAACCGAAUUGGCUCGAAAGGAGCAGAAGCUAUACUUGGUGCCUUGGUUGCUUGUGGUCAUGGCCUCAAGCAUCUAAACUUGAGUUGCAAUUGCAUACUGGAGUGCAAUGCAAUUGAAACCUUUCUCCCCCACUUACAGCUUGAUAGCUUAGACAUUAGUUUCAACUUGAUUGGAGACAGCGAGGUUCAACAAAUCUCUCGUGGAUUGUCAUGGAAUACAAAGCUGCGAGAAUUGGAUUUGCGUGGCUGUCAACGCAUCACCGAUUGUGGCCUUCGGCACCUUCUGUCAUGCAUCAGUGGUCGCAACACUUCUUUGUGGCAUCUUCACAUUCCAAAAAGCUGCCAAGGACAGUCGGCUUUAAGUGGGCAAAUACAAUAUUGGAUACGAGUGAACAAGGCAGGGCGAAGACUUUUGCAAGAACAAGACUCCGUAGAUCGCAAUCUUUGGGCAUUAGUUUUGUGGAACGCAUCGCCAGAUCCAGCUGUCCUCUACCACUUCCUACGCAAUGGGAUACUGUGA